UCCGGCAGUCAGCCUUGUCCAGUCGUCUUGCACAGGCACACUAAAAUGGCGUCGGCCCCGGAUUACAGCUCCUACAGUCAGACCAGUGCUCAGCAGGGGUAUGCCUCUUAUGCUGCCCAGCCAUCACAAAACUAUGGACAGUCUGCAACACAGCAGAGCUAUGGUCAACAGAAUUAUGGAUCCUAUGCCCAACCUGCUGCUGCAGAUGGCAGUUACUCCCAGACGACACCUGCCUCUGGAAGCUACCCUCAGCAGCAACAACAGUAUGGGUCCACAUACGGCCAGCCAGCAUCUGCUGGUUAUCCUGCUGCCCAGUCUACCACUCAUAGCUACUCCCAGUCCACCCAGGGUUACGGAGCCAGUGGUUAUGACAGCACUCCUGCUGCUGCUGCUCCAGCUGCCUCCCAGUCUUACGGCUCUCAGCCGGGGUAUACUGCCCAGUCUGCCUACCCUGGUUAUGGCCAGCAGGCUGCUCCCACUGCACCACAGAGUUACAAUGCUAACAGCCAGCCAGCCAGUUACAACCAAAGUAGCUACUCCCAGCCAGGGGCAUAUGGCCAGCAGCAGUCUGGAUACCAGUCCCAGCAGGCAAGCUACGGCCAGCAGCAGGGUUACCAGCAGCCUUCCCAGCAGCAGCAACAGGCUCCUCCUGCUUACCCUCCUCAGGCCUCUGGUUCCUAUGGGCAGCCUCCAGCCAACCAGUACAGCCAACAAGGUGGACCUCCCAGUUACAACCAAUCCAACCAUUACAAUAACUACAGACAGGAUGGCCAGGGUGGAGGUUCUGGUUAUUCCGGCUCUGAGUCUUCGAGGUACCCAGGUUCAGGGGACAGCAGGGGCCCUGGCAGGGACGGCUUUGAUCGAGGUGGAAUGAUGCAUCGCGGGCGUGGCAUGGGCCGUGGCAUGGGCAGCGCUGGAGACAGAGGUGGCUUCAGUAAGCCUGGUGGACCUAUGAGCAACGAUGACCGUGAAAUGGGACGCCCUGAAGAGCAGGAUGACUCUGAGAACAGCACAAUCUACAUCACAGGACUGACUGAGAAGGCUAACCUGGAGGAGAUGGCUGAAUUCUUUAAACACGUUGGCCCCAUCAGGAUUAACCGCAGACUUGGCCAGCCUGCCAUUAACAUUUACACGGACAAGGACACCGGAAAGCCCAAGGGAGAUGCCACUCUGUCCUAUGAGGAGCCGGUCUGUGCCAAAGCAGCUGUCGAGCACUUUGAUGGAAAGGAGUUCCAAGGCCGAAGGCUCAAGGUGUCUAUGGCACGCCGUAAGCCGAUGAUGGGUGGAAUGAGGGGAGGCAUGCCCAUGCGCGAUGGCAUGAUGGGUCGUGGAGGUAUGAUGGGCCGUGGUGGAGACCGUGGUGGGUUUGUCCCACGUGGUGGCCCCCGUGGUAUGGGCAGAGGUGGACCCACAGGAGGCAACAUGCAGCAGAGAGCUGGGGACUGGGAGUGUCCUAACCCGGGUUGUAGCAACCAGAACUUUGCCUGGAGGAUGGAGUGUAAUCAAUGCAAAGCCCCCAAACCAGAAGGGCUGGGCGGUGGCCCUCCAUUCCCCCCUGGUGGUGACAGAGGCAGAGGUGGAAUGGGAAUGCGAGGAGGCAGAGGUAUGGACCGCGGCGGGCCAGCAGGAGCUGGAGGUCCAGGUGGCCCCGGAGGUUUCCGUGGAGGUUGGGGAGGUGACCGCGGUGGCUUCAGGGGACGAGGUGGAAUGGACAGGGGAGGUUUCCGUGGGGCCGGGCGUGGAGGACCACCCAUGGACCGAAUGGGUGGCAGAGGUGGAAGAGGAAUGGGCCCACCAGGCGGAAAGAUGGAUAUGAGGGACCACCGUCAAGAGCGCAGAGAGCGACCCUACUGAAGGAGAACUUCAUGAAUGUUCCUCUUGUGGAAUUUGUUUUUUAGGACGAGAAUUUUUAAUUUAUGAUUCCAUAUUUCGAUGAUUAUAAAACUGCUUUCAACAUCCUGUGCAGGUUCAUUCAACUCCUGUUUCCAUUUAUUUUUUUAAAGUUUAGUUUACCCAUGUUUAUGCUGCAUCUUGUAUUGUGCAUGUUUUUUUUGUUGUUUCUUUUUUUAAAUAUUAGGUUUGACAUUGUGUUGUAAAAUGUUUUUUGUUUUUUUUUUUCAUUUGUUAACAUAAUUGCUUCCCCUUUCCCAUAACUGGCAAUUAUAUGAUGACAGAUUUGGGAAAUAAAAUUUUACUGAUUUGA